UCUGUACAUGAUGCACUGUAUUCUAUGGUCAACGUCUCUUGACAUGGCAGGGCCAUCAAACAUGGCACACCGCGUCUCAUUGCUCAAGACAUGCUGGCAGGACGGAUGGUGGAGCACGGGGUCGUCGAGACAGAGGCCAGGCGUUGUCUAGGAUGCCGUUAUGAGGCACGAUCCGGAGCGGUCCGUCCACCCUCGAGGUGCUGUCUCCUUCCAUCCCGUAAUAUGUCAGUUGCGUAUCAUACAAUUAACCCACCUUGCUGCAAGCGCUUGUCGUGCCUCAUAACAUGCGCAACGUGUGUUUGUCCAACGAGCUUCCAAGACGACGAGUCUGCGUGUCUUCCGUGUCAACCAGAUAAUGACAGAGUUCGCUGGUGCUGGCUGGGUCGGACUUUUUCAAAUCGUCCGUCGAUGCCUCGACGCAAACCUUGCGAGCUAUAUUGUCCAGAGGGGCCCGGGGUGUCCAAACCCGCAGACAUCUGUCUGGAUGGGGCUGUCUCUGCAGCGUGCCGCCGGCCGUGCGUCAGCACUGGCCAUGUCUGUAGGCUCCGCCGCGGGCCACCCGCGGACUGGACCUCUGAAGAUGGACGGUGGCUGUGGUCCUGGACCAUGUGUGCCCGUGCAAACCGGUCGCGCUCGAACGUGCCUGGCUGGUUCUUACAAAUGCGCCGGCGUGCAGCGACUCCUCUGCGCCGCGCAAUCUUUCCGUCUUCAUACGUGCCUCCUGCUGGCGUGGCCAAGAUCUCUGGCUGGUCGGAGAAACAAACAACCUAGGCGCAGUGGAUUGGCUUUGACGCAGGUGCGCGGUGGCCGUCUCCUCGGGACUUCGUCUUUCUAUCCGCGCAGGAGCAUUGAAUUUAUGUCGCGCCUCGGCAGC